CCGGAUUGUUCACCAGGUUGGGCUGGGAGAAGUAUGGGAGUUAGCACGAUUAUAAAAUCAAAAUAAUUCUUCAAUUAACUGUCAUUCUCUGCUCUUAAGCAAUUUUCGAUUCUAAACUUCAUCGCGAUAUCCAGAACUUAGAAAAUGCCACCGUACAAAAUCGCCGUGAUCCCCGCCGACGGCAUCGGGCCCGAAGUCGUCGAUGCUGGCAUCGAAGUCCUCCAGGCGCUGGCUGCCAAGCUGAACCUGUCCUUCGAAUUCACAAACUACGACUGGAACUCGGAAACCUACAAAACCACCGGUGCUUAUAUUCCCGCGGGCGGGCUGGACGAUCUGAAGCGCCAUGAUGCGAUCUUGUUCGGCGCUGUGGGCGCACCGGACGUCCCCGACCACAUCUCCCUCUGGGGCCUCCGACUAGCAAUUUGCCAGCCCUUCCAGCAAUACGCCAAUGUCCGACCGACUCGGAUCCUUCGCGGCACCCAGUCCCCCCUCCGUAACUGCCCUCCGGGAUCGCUCGAUUGGGUGAUUGUCCGAGAAAACAGCGAGGGUGAGUAUGCCGGACAAGGUGGUCGUUCGCAUCGCGGGUUCCCCUGGGAAGUCGCUACCGAGACAGCGAUUUUCUCGCGCGCGGGAGUGGAGCGCAUCAUGCGAUUCGCAUUUGACACGGCCGCCAAGAGACCCAAGAAACACCUUACUGUUGUAACGAAGAGCAACGCGCAGCGCAACGGAAUGGUCCUGUGGGACGAAGUUGCGGCUAUCGUUGCAAAGGACUACCCGCAAGUCACGGUGGAAAAGAUGUUAGUCGAUGCGAUGACCACCAAGAUGGUGCUCAAGCCGGAGAGUAUCGACACGAUUGUUGCGAGUAAUCUGCACGCCGAUAUCCUCUCCGACCUGGCGGCCGCUUUAGCCGGGUCUAUUGGAAUCGCGCCCACUUCCAACCUGGACCCAACACGGCAGCAUCCUAGUAUGUUCGAGCCAAUUCACGGCUCAGCUUUCGAUAUUACGGGCAAGGGAGUGGCCAACCCGGUGGGGACUUUCUGGACUGUGGCAGAAAUGCUGCAUUGGCUGGGUGAGGAAGCCGCGGCGCAGAAAUUGAUGGAGUGUGUGGAAAAAGUGUGUGAAAAGGGAAUUGUCACGGCAGACCUGGGAGGAAGCGCGAAGACAAAAGAAGUCACAUCGGCACUUGUAGAGGAAAUCGGAGGGCUGUCGUAGUACAGAACACUGUGCAAAAUAUUAGCCUCGUAUAGAACGUGCAUUUUGGUACAAAUCACGCGCAACUUACCACGGAUUUACCCCAUCCGGUUCUAGAUUAGCAUAAAUAAAAUGCCUCUUUAACCAUAGCC